AGACUGUCUUCCUCUUCACAUGACAAUUCCCUUUGGACUCUUGAGAGAUACUGUUCAAGUAUAAGGCCUCAUGGAUCCAGAAGUUUUAGAAGUAUGUCCUUAUGACCCAAACCACAGGAUGCCAGCCAGCAGAUUACAGUACCACCUGGCAUCAUGUAAAAAGAAAAAUCCAAAGAUAGCUAAAAAGAUGGCUAACUGCAAAUACAAUGCUUGUCAUGUGGUUCCAAUCAAAAGACUCAAGGAACAUGAGGCUAAUUGUGUCAACAGAACUGCUGUAGAUGAUGAGCCAUUUAAUCUCCCAAAGGUUACUCCUCCAAGCUCAGAACUGAAUGAACAAUCUACUAAUACUACCAGUGAGGUUCCUGACCAUGAUGCCUGGAACAUAGAUAACUUACAUCAUUGUCCUUCAUUUGUUCUUAAGACAUUUGCUCCAAAAAUGCUGGUUUGUGAAAGUGACCUGAGGGACAUUAAAAAAGAGACUAUGGAUGACAAAUUUCCUAGCAAUGAUAAAUACUGGAGAAAAGCUCAGGGGCCGGAAGUGAGCGUUGCCGGGACGCAGGCGCGGGUUGAAGGCGACUGUGAGGAGAGCGUGUCUCUACCGAGAGCCUUUAGCCCACCCCCACCCCCGUUCUUGGCGCGGUUGUUGGGGCUCCCGCUGACUCAGGGCUGCUUCGUCCCUUCGACGCCCUGCCGGCCCCAGCUUCCUUCAGAGUUAACCCCCUCCCCGCCUCCUGCGCCCUCGCCCUGA